CUGCCCGAACGGGAAGUGGAUGCCAUCCUGGUUUCCGGGUCGGAAAACCGGCGUUAUCUGUCGGGGUUUUCAGGCUCGGCAGGCUACCUGUUCAUCACCGGCGAACGGGCCCACUUGGCCACCGACUUCCGGUAUACCGAGCAGGCUACCGCCCAGGCUGAGUACUUCAAUGUCGAGCAGGUUCGGGUCGGUUGGGACUGGCUUCUGGCCCAGCUAAGAGAAUCGGGAGCCAAGCGGUUGGGGUUCGAGAGCCAGUCAAUGACGGUGGCGACCUACAACAGCCUGAACAAGGCCAUCAGCGAGGAUUCGGACCUUUCCGGCGUACUCCUCGUGCCCUUCUCCGACCUGACCGAUGACCAGCGCAGCUUCAAGGAUUCCGAUGAGCUGGUACUGCUGCAACGGGCCAUCGACGCCUCGGACCUGGCGAUGGAAGAGGUAUGCCCCACUAUCGCAGAAGGCAUGACCGAGCGGGAAGUGGCGUGGCGGAUGGAGAUGGCCAUGCGGGACGCCGGAGCCGAUGGUAUCAGCUUCGACACCAUCGUGGCCGCCGGACCCAAUGGGGCCAUGGCCCACCACAUGCCAACUGACCACAUCAUCAAGCGCGGUGAACCCAUCGUCAUCGACAUGGGCGCCAAGGUCGGCGGCUACUGCUCCGACAUUACCCGCACUGUGGUUGUGGGCGAGCCGGACGAGAUGUUCCACAAGAUUUACAACAUCGUUCUUGACGCGCAGCUUACGGCGAUCAAGGACGUGAAGAUCGGCAUGAACGGGGAGGAGGCGGACAAGUUGGCCCGAGACGUCAUAUCCGACGCCGGGUACGGUGACAACUUUGGCCACAGCCUUGGGCACGGCGUGGGCUUGGCGGUCCACGAAAUCCCGAGGGUCAGUCCGCGUUCCACCGACCCGCUGGACGUGAAUUCCGUGUUCACCGUAGAGCCGGGCAUUUACCUCUCCGGCUGGGGCGGCGUGCGUAUCGAGGACAUCGUCAUCCUCGGAGACAGCGGCGCCAUCCCUCUGAGCAAGGCAUCCAAGUAA